AUGGCAGAGGCUUUUGGUGUUGCAGAAAGUACUACUGAUAUCCUACAACUUACAGAGAAGCUGGUGGCGCUGGGUUAUGAGUAUAUCGCAGGCAUAGGGAACGCCCCGGACGAUCUUCGGCAGCUAUUGAACGAACUUCUCUCGCUCAGUAAUGUCCUUUUUAUGUUACAAGACCAUCUGCAGAACCCAGCAAAUUCAACGGCCCCAAAUGCAGUAUUAGGCAGUAAUAAUGGUCCAAUGUCAGAAUGCACGCUUGAUUUGAAACAACUAAAGCUCAAGCUGGAGCUCAAGAAACGGAUCGGGGGAAAGAUGACGUGUCUUGUGUGGCCAUUAAAGAAGAGGGAAACCAUGAAGUGGAUAUCACAAUUGGUACUUUAUAAUAGACUUUUCACAUUAAUUCUGACGACAGAUCAAUCUACCCUUUCAAAAGGUAAUGAGAGGUGUGCUUGGGAUAGUAAUAUAAACAGCUUACCGGAUGAGUCUUCACGCGUGUCUUUAUCGGAGGAAAUUAGAGCGUGUACCCAGGAAACAAAUUUCAGCGCACACAGCCUGCAAACAGAUUCUAGGGGUCAGUGCACCAGGACAGAAACACAAGAUCGAGUCAAGAUCGAAAAGGGUCAAAAUAGUAUUCUUAAUUGGUUAUUUCCUGGGAAUUUUGAUAUCAAACACCUUGAGAUCAGUGGGGAAAGACUGAGAGAUACUGGAAAAUGGCUGAUGGAGACGCUCGAAUUCGACAACUGGAUUAAAGGACGGUCAGAUUAUUCAUUGCUUUGGGGUUAUGGAAUUCCUGGUGCUGGAAAAACACACUUGAGCUCGCUGGUUAUUGAUCGUUUGCAGACGAUCAAAGCCUCGUCAGCAAACUAUGGGUUGGCUUAUAUAUACUUUGACUACAUCGAAAAAGAUCGACAGGGACCUGUCCAAGUUAUGGCCAGCCUAAUCAAACAACUUUCCACUCAGACAUCGACAUCACUUCCUGACGAAACUAGGAAACUCUACAACAAAUUGCAAAGAGAAGAAGAAAGAAAACCGAAUUUCGAAGAAUUGUAUAGUGUUUUUCUCGCAACGUGUGGGAAAUUUAGUCGAGUCUUUCUGGUUUUUGAUGCUUUGGAUGAAUGUGACCAAGAUGGUGGGCAAGGAUAUUUACUUAGGUCACUUCAACGCCUCUUAGAAGAGAAACAACAAAUUAGUAUCUUUUUGACAAGCCAGCCAUACCCGGAGGAUAUUCAAAGGUACCUUCACCAUGCGCCUAAGGUAGAAAUUUCAGCACACCAAGAAGAUAUUGGAAUUUAUAUAGAGAAGAAGAUAGGUGAGAACGCACGAGCAAAGCGCCUCAUUGAGCAAAGCAAAUGCAAAAACAAGAUUAUAUGCAAGCUUGCUGAAUGUGCUAAAGGAACAUUUCUCCGUGUUAUUUUUCAUAUUGAACAUAUAUGUCAACAAACCACAGUAAAUCAAAUCUUCAUAGAGUUGGAGAGACUCAAUAUUCUAGGAUAUGAGGAAUCGAGGCCUUUGGAUUUUACUUACGACAGGAUCAUGAAUAUCAUCUAUAAGAAGCCGGAACGCUGCAAAGAACUGGCAUUAAAGGUUUUCUCGUGGCUUGUGAAAGCUAAACGAAAAUUGACAGUGGAAGAGAUUCGGGAAGCGGUUUCUAUCACAUUGGAUGCAAGUGGACUUGACGCAAGGGAUCUACCCGACCAGUCGAUAUUGCUGGAUGCCUGUGCCGGGUUGGUUAAAAUCGACAAGAACGGAGCAGUCCGAUUUGCCCAUUAUACAAUCCAGGAAUAUAUCCUGAAGAACAGUAUUCUUCCCGCGGACACGGACUUUAAGAUAGCAGCAGCAUGUGCUAGUUAUCUCUUAUUCGAUGAUUUCAAUAGUCAUAAUUUCCUCAGGAUAGAUAGUUCUGGAUUGCAUACGUUUCUAGGAUACGCCUGUGAUUAUGUAUUUUCUCACUUGAGGUGUUGUGAUCACCCUUUAACGGCCAUUUCCUUUCUCAAUCUUUUUGAGAAAGUGAACCAUGGUAUUAUGCCUGACUGCGGGUUCCACCUCUGGCCUUCGAAUAUGCCGCUAGGGGCAGCGAUUGACAUGGGCCUUUAUACUAUUGCUCGGCAAUUACUGGAAAUGGGAUGUGAUCGUUCUCCUCUAAACAGUUACAACCUCCAUAAGGCGGUUAUCGAAGACUCAAGAGAGAUCAUACAAAUCCUUCUUGAAAACGGAGUUGAGAGUUCAGUCUGGGACGAUAAUGGGAUGGCACCACUUCAUCUUGCGGCGAUAAAAGACAAUAUCGAGGUUGUUCGGCUAUUUCUCCAAUACGGGGCGGAUAUUUCUAUCCAAGACGGGGAAGUAGGGCUAACAGCACUACACAUGGCCGUGUCCCGAGGCCAUAACGAAGUUGUAUCGCUACUUCUGGAGAACGGGGCAGAUAUUUCUAUUCCUGAUGAUGAGGGCCAGACAGCAAUACAUUCAGCAGUUCUGGGAUUUCGAAAGAAUCCGGAGACCUUGAGUCUUAUUCUUCAGAUGAGUGAGAGUGCGGAUGUCUGGGCCCAGGAUCAGUCCGGCUGCACAGCCUUUCAUCUAGCAGCAACCUAUGGCUUUGAUGAAGUUAUCCAAUUGUUUAUCGACAACGAGAUAGACUUUAGUGUUCCUGUUAAAAGUAAUUCUGGAUCAACGCCACUACAUAAAGCAGCCCUUCGAGGGCAUAAAUCAUUUGUGCAACUUCUCAUAAGAGCCGGGGCGGCUGAGAAUAUCUCAAUUCAGGACAAUCAUGGGCGAACAGCACUCUAUCUAGCAUCGCGAGGAGGCCAACAUGGAUAUUUCCAUCCUUCAAGUGUUCAAAAGUAUCAAUCCAAUUUUAGCUAUUGUGGCGUCAUCUUGGCACUUCUCGAAAACGGGGCAGAUAUCUCAGUUCAGGAUUAUAGUGGGCUUACAGCCGUGGACGAGGCAGUAUCUAGAGGCAAUCUCGACAUCCUGCAGCUGUUUCUCGAAGAGGGGGCCGAUCUUUCGCUUUUCAAGGAUCAUGGAUCAGAAGCAUUCUACUUAGCAGCAUCUUUGGGCAGUAAGGAGGUUACUAGUCUACUCAUCAAGAAAGGUGUCGAUAUUUGGAAAACUUCGGGUGAUUACAAACAAACAGCGCUCCAUGGCGCAGCAUCUGGAGGGCACUACGAGAUUGUAAAAUCACUUCUUGACACCAAGGCACGCCCAGAGAUUUCUCUCCAGGACAUAUUCGGGCAAACAGCUCUUCACAUUGCGACUCUAGGGGGGCACUAUGAGAUUGCACGCCUGCUCCGAGAGAGAGAUAUCAACAUCGAGCUUCGAACGAUAUCUGGGCAAACAGCGGCUGAUAUUGCAGCUUCUACGGGCCACACCGAGAUUGCACGAUUGAUUCUUGAAAACGAAGUACCUCAUCCGCCUAGAGCAGUUAUAUUCCACGACACAGGUGUAAGCACAACUCGCCAGGGCGAUUUUAUGAGGAGAGCGGGUGUUUGGGCCACGGGUAAUAUGCAAGCGUCUCAAGGACAGGUAGCACACCAUGGAUAUAGAUCGCCAUAUAGUACAAUACAGGCAGAGAAUCAGGAGGCAGUACCAGAUGAAAAAACAAGACAGCAACCGGACGCUAGAAUCAUAAAUAGGAACAAGCGAGCGAGACUAAACGAAACGUCGGCGCAGAUGAGCCAUUCAGAAGAUAUAUUGAAAAAGCCACGAACGGACAUAGAAGAAUCCUCAGAAGCUCUUUUUGCAUGCCGCGGGACUUCCCCUGAAGGUUCUACGCGUACAAGAAUCCCAUCUCUUGACCGGAACGCCGAGGCUCGAAAGUCAGAGCGGUAG